GCCGCUCAUCCCGGUGCAGUUGGAAGCGCGACCCGAAGCAACAAGUCCCGCCGAGCUUUCUGAGUGCGACCCUCUCGUGUCCUGCGCAUCUCAUCCACUGACGGGCGGCGUCUCAUAGCAGCUUAGAUCGGGGGACGUUUUUCGGUGUCAUCUUCCUUGUGUCUCUAGUCUGCUCAGCAUUCGUUUAUUUCCCACCCCGUCAAAUCCCCUCAAAUUAAACCGUUUUCCGAGAUGACCUGGACGGCGAACAGUGGUCUGGCCACUCUGGUCAUCCUGUUUCUGUGGCGAGUGGAUGAGAUAGCAGAAGCCUGCAGCUGCUCCCCUGCGCAUCCUCAGCAGGCGUUUUGCAACUCCGACGUCGUUAUCAAGGCAAAGGUGGUUGGAAGGCAUGCGGUUGACGUCGGCAACGACAUCUAUGGAAACCCCGUCAAGCAGAUCAAAUAUGACCUCAAACAAAUCAAGAUGUUCAAAGGUCCCACCCAGGAUUUUGACGCCAUGUACACGCCUCCCAUCUCGGCGUUGUGCGGGGUGACUCUUGAAAACGAUGGCAAGGAGUAUCUUAUCACAGGCAAACUGGAGACUGACGGGACGAUGCACGUCACGCUGUGUGACUUCAUUCAUCCCUGGGAGGCCCUGAGCGCCACCCAGAAGAAGAGCCUGACCCAGCGCUAUGAAAUGGGCUGCGAUUGCAAGAUCACCCGCUGCACCUCCAUCCCCUGCAUGAUCAGCGGCCCGGCGGAGUGCCUGUGGACGGACUGGGUGAUAGAGAGGACGGUCAACGGAGGGCAGGCCAAACACUUUGCCUGCGUCAAGAGGAGCGACGACUCUUGCGCCUGGUACAGAGGAGAGGCGUCACCCAAAAAGGAUUUCCUGGACAUCGAAGACCCUUAACUCCACCACCGACCAGCAGUCCAAACAUAUCUAAGAUAUAAUGCGAUACAAAUACCCAAAAAAAUACACAAAUAAAUCCUCUUCCUUUUUUUGUUAAUAAGGUCUCUAUGUGGAGGUUGUUUUAAUUUACAGCACUCGUUAUGUGUUUAAUCAACAGUCUUGCAGCACUUUCAGAAACUCGUAGGCCUAAAUCCAAAGCACUUCCUCAAAAACCACUCGUCCGUCAGCUGAAAUAAGCAGAUAAUCAUCACAAUCAGUAAUGCUGUUUUGGUUCUCUAUUUUUAGCUUGUCAGCCAAAAGGUAUUUUUUUAAGUGAACUAGAAUUCCUAUAAUAUAAUACCAAGAGUGUAACAAUUCACUGAAUCGGUUGGUUCAGGUAUAGUAAUAAUAAUACGUGGCAAUUGGCGCCCUGAUUUUUGACAGCAGAGCCAUCACAAUAAUAAUACUACUAUUCCCAACUAUACACACGUCUUCUUCUUUCCUUGAUGUGACGAACCUGUUUCGAUGAAGCACAAUCAGCGCUUAUGCUAAUGUUUUCUUUAAAUAAUCCUGAACAGACAAGAAUUCACUUUGAACACAAUUGUCAGAGCAGUCAUAUUGUCUCUAAUGUAACUUUUCUGGAAAGGAGGAUUGAAUCCUCCAUUUUGUACUUAUUUUUUUUAAUAUUACAGCUGUCCUCUUUGUAAUGCUUUAGCAUUAGAACCUAUUUUAUUUAAGAGGGUUAAAUGAUUUAUCACAUUCUGUUGAGAAAAAAGAGAUCAAUUGUGGGCCUGACUGAUUGGUUUAAGAUAUUGUAACCAAUCAUCUCUUUGCUUGCAGAGCCUUUUAUGUGACCAGAAAAGUGUUGAGCAAAUGCCAUGUGACUUUGAUAAUUAUUAUGAGAGCGUAAAAAAAGGUUCUUCAUUUGAAACUGUACUAAUAUGACGCCUUGUGCUGGUUUCACGUGAGACAUUUGAGACGCUCUUUUGCAUGAAACAAUACUGUACCUUUUGACUAUUACAUUAAAUGUCAAACCCUGUUUAGAUAUCUUGCAUGUGUUCUUUUUUUUUUACAUCAAUGCUUAUUGUGUGCAGAUUGACAAGACUCAACUUCAUUAAAGAAUCAGCAUGG